AUGGCAGAGAUGCGCUCGGGGCCAGCCACGGGGCCGCAGCUCAGCGCGCUGCCCGACCACUCGCCGCUGCUGCAGCCGAGCCUGGCGGAGCUCCGGCGCCGCGCCCUGGACGCCGGCGUCCCGCCCCGGCCGCAGCCGCUCAGCGACGCCUUCCUGCUGCGGUUCCUGCGCGCCCGCGAUUUCGACCUGGAGCUCGCCUGGAGGUUACUGAAAAACUACUACAAAUGGAGAGCAGAGUGUCCAGAAUUAAGUGCAGAUCUUCAUCCUAAUAGCAUUCUUGGCCUUCUGAAUGCUGGUUACCAUGGUGUUCUGAGAUCCAGGGAUCCCACGGGCAGCAGAGUUCUUAUUUAUAGAAUUGCAUACUGGGAUCCAAAAGUUUUUACAGCUUAUGACGUAUUUCGUGUAAGUCUAAUCACAUCAGAGCUCAUUGUACAGGAGGUGGAAACUCAGCGGAAUGGAGUCAAGGCUAUCUUUGACCUGGAAGGCUGGCAGAUUUCUCAUGCUUUUCAAAUAUCCCCAUCUGUGGCCAAGAGGAUUGCUGCUGUACUUACAGAUUCCUUUCCAUUGAAAGUUCGUGGGAUCCAUUUGAUAAAUGAACCAGUAAUUUUCCAUGCUGUCUUUUCCAUGAUUAAACCAUUCUUGACUGAAAAAAUUAAGGAUCGGAUUCAUAUGCAUGGCAACAAUUACAAACAAAACUUGGUUCAGCAUUUCCCAGACAUUCUUCCUCUGGAAUAUGGUGGUGAGGAAUUCUCCAUGGAAGAGCUUUGUCAGGAGUGGACAAAUUUUAUAAUGAAGUCUGAAGAUUAUCUCAGCAGCAUUUCUGAGACCAUCCAGUGAGAAAAUAUUUCAUUUGAAUGACUUCUUAAUUAAAAAUUCACAAAUGAGAUCCUAUCUGCUUAUAUAAAUCUAAGAGAAACAUGAUCUAAACUAAUUAAUACUUGUCUGAUCUUUAAACUUGUAAAAGGAAAUGUGAAAUGUGCAACAUGGGUAUUUGAGAAGCAUUUAAAAUGUGU